GCUGCUCAGCUGGGCCUGGGGAGGUUUAUGCGGUGUCGCCUCUUCCUCGGCCGGGCUGUGCGCGGGAAGCGCUGUUGAGCUUCUAGGCUGCGCCUCCAGCGCGUGAGGCUCUGGGUCUAAAAUUACUUUAAUAAAGAAGCUGCAGUGUCCUAUUUUCUAGGCAAGUGGCUAAGUUGUACCUAAGUCUGCUAAACUGAUGUACUCGUUUUGGCACCUUUACAAGAGAGGACAACGACUCAUCAUAUUUGUGUAACACGCAGCAGUGGAGGUGUCUCCAUGAAUAAUUUAAAUGAUCCUCCAAACUGGAAUAUCCAGCCUAAUCCAAGGGAUAAUGGUGGUGAUGGCAACAAAUGGAAUUAUGCUUUGUUGGUUCCAAUGCUGGGAUUGGCUGCAUUUCGUUGGAUCUGGUCCAGAGAGUCUCAGAAAGAGAUAGAAAAAGAAAAAAAAGAAUAUUACAGAAGACUAACAUCUGUACAAAGAGAUCUUGAAUCAAAAUAUCGUGACAUAAUCACAGAAAAUCGUCGCACAGUCGCUCACUUGGAGUUGGAGCUUGAAAAGGAACACAACAGAACCCUGAGUUAUCGUGAAGCCCUAAUCUCCCAGAGUCGCAAAUUAGUAGAAGAAAGAAGAGUUCUAGAACAGGAACGUGACAAGUUAGAGCAAGAAAAACAGGUUCUGCGGCGCUCAGGGGCAGCAGGUGCCUUGUACCAAAGUUGUCUUGCAAAGGAAGCACAAUGGCAAAAGAGAGCUAAUAUUGUAAUAAAAGAAUUUGAAGAAGCACUUUUAGAAAGACAAGAUAUCUACUGCAGUUUUGUGCUGCCCAGAAACCAGCGACUAGAAAUAGAGAAAAAUUUGCUAGUUAGAGCAGCAACUGAUCCUGUUGCUAUGGAUAUAGAAAUGGAAAAUGGUUUAAAAGAUAUUUUUAAAUAUGAUACAUAUUGUGGUAAUGUGCUGAACACAAACAAACGUCAAAAUGGAAGACUAAUGUGGCUUUAUCUCAGAUAUUGGGAACUAACUGUUGAAUUAAAAAAGUUCAAGAGAGUAGAGAAGGCCCUGUUGGAAAAAUGAUGUGUGGGGAAAGUAGUGGCAUUUCAUGCACUAUGGCACAUGUAGUAUAUAAUGACUCACUGGUAUUGUAAAGCUGCUAAUUUCCUGUAGUACAUUCAUCUAUUUUUCCCCUCCUCAUUGCAACCACAUUUGCAGUACUCCCAUCCUUGAGAGUGUCUCCACUGUUGGUGCCUUUCCAUUGAUGGGCCAACCACAAAUGCUCACUAAGCAGUGCAGUUUACCCUGAGACUAUGUCAACUGAAAGACACGCUUUGUGUUCACAGCCAGGCUAGUAGAGAAUGCUCCCAAUUCCUGAUUUCCUGCAUGGCAGUGCAACAGCAUCUUUUUGUGCAACAAAACUCUCAGGAAAGUACUCGGAAGUGACGGUAAUAGUGAGAUUUCUUGUUAUAUUAUUUAGGUGUGAGAUGCUUUGUACCAAUGAAAAAAGUGUGCAAUCAUGUUUUCAAAUUAGAUUUGCAUUGUUUUCCAUGCUUGAUGUGCAAAUGUCACUUUACGCUACAUUAUACAUAAAAAUAUUUGCUUGAAAUACAAAGACAGGAUGCUAUUUAAAAUAAUACAGAAGGAAAAUAAAAACAAAGACUUUGAUGCUUACUGACGUUAAUGAUAAUGAGGGCAUGAUUGAUCUUAAAUCAGGAUUACAUAUGAGUUAUAAUCUAAAAGUUGCCACUUAAAGGGAAUUCAUACAAUGGGAAAGUAAAACAUUUAAUCACUUAUUUUUCCUUUCAGGUCUAGGUUACCAGUUUGGAUUUUGCCCACAUUGGUAUUGCUGAAGGCCCUAUUGCAUUGACUGAUUGAUCUCUAAUGGGUUGAUUAUUUUAAGCCCAUCUCUAUUAGACAGAUAUCCACAUCAUAAAAGCCAUCGUCACACGCAGCAGAGAUUUCAAGGAUUGAUUGGAUGUAGAGACUAAGCAACUCUCUUAUCCUUAUAAGUAGUCCCUCCAGAGCAAGUGUGGGAUUAUAUUACCUUGGCUCAUGCACAGUGAGGAGUUGGGCAGGGAGCAAAACCAUCUCCUGGACUGAUUUUGGGGAAGUAACUGAGCAAAAGAAAUUCUCAUGGAAUUUUCUUCCUCGACUUCCCUCAUCUGGGUAUUUCAGUCAUGGGGUAAUCAGCCCAGGAUUCUGACCUCACUGUAGAAUUAAACAGAAGAAAUUACUUAUUCACAGACAAAUAAAAAUAACAGCAAAGGACUGCAGAAAAUAAAAUAUAAAGGCUUUCGUUUUUCAAGUCUGCCCUGUUUAAAGUGCCUCUUGAAAUGUUUGUUCUCCUGCAAAAGGAGAAAACAUUAAUCACUUACAUAAAAAGCAAAAGGAAAAUGGAUAUACAGUAACUGAGAAGUAAAGUAACUGUGUUUAAAUUGAUUGUGUAGAUGUGUUUAUAUCAUUGUCAAUUUCUAUUAAAUAUUGUUUACAUUGCA